UAAACGGUCUCACUGCAGGUGGAACAACAAAAAACCAAAAAAAAGGAGGGAUAGAAAUAUUUAAACGUUUACUAAAGAAAAGUGAUAUUUUAAGCCCACGACAACUGCCAAAUAAUACGCGGAACGUUUCCUUUUUCCCUCAAGACAUAAAAACUAAAGCUAUGGGUGAUAACAAAAUAUGCGACAUUAGCAACGAAGUUUUGGAGGAACUGAAGAAGUUUCGCUUUAGCAAAAGCAAAAAUAAUGCAGCUUUGAUAUUGAAAGUUGACCGGGAGAAGCAAUCGGUAGUGCUGGAUGAGUUUAUCGACGACAUCUCAGUGGACGAGCUGCAGGACACUUUGCCAGGACAUCAGCCUCGAUAUGUGAUCUAUACCUAUAAAAUGGUGCACGACGACCAGCGCAUUUCCUACCCUAUGUGCUUUAUCUUCUAUACGCCAAGAGAUAGCCAGAUCGAACUACAAAUGAUGUACGCCUGCACGAAGAGCGCCCUACAACGCGAGGUGGAUCUCACACGCGUCUAUGAAAUUCGCGAACUAGACGAAUUGACCGAGGAUUGGUUGAAAGCCAAACUAAAGUAAAGAAGUCUCGAUCUCUGGGAUCAAUCAUUCCGGGCCGUUGUCAAAAGCAAUAUUUUAUAAUAGUUCAUCGAUUGAUUUUGGAGCUUUUUAUAGACAUAUUCAACCUGGAUCAAGCCGAUACCAACGAUGCAUACCAAUACCAAACAACACAAUGUUGAGAUACGACAAUUUUUACCUACAGAAAAAACAAAUCAAGCUAAGAUUAUACAACGUAAUGACAAUUUUUGUAUAGACAACCACAUGCGGCAAGUGUGCGGGAGAGUUCUUAGUGAUUUUAGUUCUUGCAUUUAAGUAAUAAUUUUCAUAGAAGCUGUGCUUGCCAAAUUUCUACAUGUAUUUAUUGUAAAGAUAUAAAAGCAAACAUGACAAAAAAUAUUCCAUUUUAUAUAAACCAACUUAAUAAGUGUUCAAAUGUGUAUUGUAGAGAUUUUUAAUUUGUACACUGCAAUAAAUGAUAAAAAAAACUGGUA